AUGUCUUUCCUAUACAAGUUGAUCUUGUUGGGCGUGUUGCCCUUUGUUUUGGCUGCGCCUGCGGAUAAGAGAGCGGCUGGUCCGACAGUGACGAUUUCCAACCCCGAGGCCACUAUCAUUGGCACUCCGGGUUUGGAUAAGGUCGAGAACUUCAAUGGCAUCCCAUUUGCAAUCCCCCCGACCGGUGCCCUUCGAUUGAGACCACCCCUGCCGAUUGAAACACCAUUGAAAACCAUCCGGGCGACAUCAGUAGCGAGAUCAUGUCCGCAGUUCUUCUUCAGUACCGAUGAGAGCAACCUCCCGACAUCUAUCAUCGCGAAAUUGAGCAACAUUCCCAUCUUCCAAGAGAUAACCAAUGCUGGCGAAGAUUGUUUGACCUUGGAUGUACGCCGUCCAGCCGGGACUCAAGCUGGCGCAAAGUUACCUGUUGUGGUGUGGAUCUUUGGUGGAGGCUUUGAACAAGGUUCCACCUCAAACUACGAUGGGGGAAGGUUUGUGGCGAGCUCUGUGGAUCUGAAUAUGCCGGUCAUUUUCGUCGCCAUGAACUAUCGGCUCGGAGGAUUUGGAUUCUUGCCGGGUAAAGAGAUCCUCGAAGAUGGUUCCGCCAAUCUUGGUCUGCUGGAUCAGCGCCUUGCUCUGGAGUGGGUCGCCGAUAAUAUCGAAGCUUUUGGUGGUGAUCCCUCUAAGGUUACUAUCUGGGGAGAAUCUGCCGGAUCAAUCUCGGUCUUUGAUCAGAUGGCCAUGUACGACGGCGACAACACCUACAAUGGAUCUCCGCUCUUCCGCGGUGCUAUAAUGAACUCGGGCAGCAUUGCACCUGCUAACCCAGUUGAUGGCGUCAAAGGUCAGCACGUAUAUGAUACUGUUGUGAAGGCAGCAGGCUGUGGGGGUGCGAAAGAUACACUUGAAUGUCUGCGUGGUCUAGACUACGAGGACUUCCUUAAUGCUGCAACCGCAGUUCCUGGAAUCCUGGGCUAUAAUUCCGUCGCCGAAUCCUAUCUGCCUCGACCAGAUGGCGAAGUCCUGACAGAUUCCGCGGAGAAAUUAAUCGCCAAUGGCAAAUAUGCAUCUGUGCCAUUCAUCGUCGGUGACCAAGAAGACGAGGGAACUAUAUUUGCUCUAUACCAAGCCAACCUCACCACGACCGAACAUAUUGUGGACUACUUGGAGAAUCUCUUUUUCUUCGAUGCUAGCCGACAGCAGCUCACAGACUUAGUCGGAACAUAUCAGAAUAUCGAGGAAGAUGGCUCACCAUUCCGGACGGGUACUUUGUACAACUGGUAUCCCCAGUUCAAGCGCCUGUCUGCCAUUCUAGGUGAUAUAUCUUUUACCUUGACCCGUCGAAUAUUCCUGAAUGCUGCCACCAAAGCGAAACCGGAUGUUCCAUUCUGGUCAUACCUCUCCUCCUACAACUAUGGACUGCCCUUCCUAGGAACCUACCAUGGCUCUGAUAUUAUCCAGGUGUUUCAGGGUAUCCUGCCCAACUACGCAUCCAAGUCCAUCCACACAUACUACCUGUCAUUCAUUUAUGAACAGGACCCUAAUGCCAAAGCUGGGAACUAUAUGAACUGGCCACAAUGGGUCAGUAACCAGUCGCUGAUGAACUUCUUCGAGGAUCAUGCUGCUUUGCUACCCGACAAUUUCCGCCAGGACACUUAUGAGUUUCUUUCUUCUAAUCUGGCAGCGUUGCAUAUCUAG